GAUGACCCGAAGUGAAAGAAACACAACAUGACAUCAGGCAGAGGCGUCACGUUAACAGAGAAAUUUACACAAAAUCCAAAAGAAGGAAUAGAUAACCCAGCGAUGGUCUUCACAGACUGCACAGACUCCGUGUCGACACCCAGGCCUCGCCUGUGUGUUUUGAAACGAGAAGACGGGGAGGCUUUUGGCUUUAACCUGCGGGUGGAGAGAGACUGCAAUGGACACGUGAUCAGAAAUGUGGUGUCAGGAGGCAUAGCGGAGCGCAGUGGUCUUCGGGAUGGAGACAGACUUCUGGAGGUCAACAACUGCUACAUUGAUGAUGUUCCUCACCCUGAGGUGUCUAGAAAGAUAAAGCUUAGUGGACACCAGUUGUGCUUGUUAGUGCUAGAUGGAGAGGAGUAUGAGCAGACUGUGUCACAAGGCCAAAACCUCCAAACUCUGGUCAAAGCCCACAAGGAAGAAGGCUGCAAACCACCUAGGCUCUGCCACAUCACCAAGGAUUCUGCCUCAGGUCUGGGUAUCAGCUUUACACCCCUGGAAGGAGAGAGAGGUCGUUUCUCUGUGAGCCUGGUGAAAGGAGGCGCAGCUGAAAAGGCGGGGGUGUGUAAGGGAGAUCACUUGGUGUGGAUGAAUGGAGCAAUGGUGUCCCAUCUCACACAUGCUGCACUCUCCCGAAUGAUGAAAAAGUGUGGCAAUGCUAUCACCAUCCUGGUGAUAGACAGUGAGAGUGAGAAGAUCUACAUGCAAAAGACAAUGCCCAUUCUGCCUGCCAUGGCCGUCUCACACAAGCUGCCUUUUAAAGCCAGAAAGCUCCAUUUGAUACCUGGACCUUCGGGGUACGGCUUUCUCCUUCGGCUAGAGAAAACACCAUCAGGAAACACAUAUCAUGUUCUGCGUGAGGUGGACAAAGGCAGUCCUGCAGAGAAGGGAGGAAUGAAGGAUGGAGAGCUCUUGCUGGAGGUCAAUGGAGAGUCAGUGGAGUCACUGCAGCAUGAUGACAUUGUGGACAGAGUGCGACUGAGUAGAACGCAGGUCUCCCUCACCACCAUCACUCCCUCGGGGCUAGACUUUUACACCAAGCUGGGUCUUUCUCCUCUUCUGUUUUGUGAGGAUGAUGCAGCUGAGGAAGAGAAGGAUGAAAAUGUACCAGCAUCUGCAGAAGUUCAGUUAUCGUCAAAGAAAAACAGUGACUCAUGCAGUCCAAGACUUUGUACAGUCCAAAAAGGUCCCCUGGGGUUUGGCUUUGAUCUAGACCAUGUCCCACAGAGACCCGGCAUUUCGAUCAGUCAGGUAGCUUCUGGUGGUUCUGCAGAGAAAGCUGGACUUGUUGUGGGGGAUGUAGUUUUGGAAGUCAAUGGGCAAAAUGUGGAGAAGAAACAAUUGGAAGAUGUGAUGAAGCUGGUGGAAAAAGAGAAGAGUAUUCUUUCUUUAUUGAUCAAGGAUCAGACAAGCUACAACAAAAUGACAACAGCUGAUGUUUCAACUUCUGAUGUCACCAGCAAAGAGGAAGAAGAUGAUUAUGAGAUAUCUGUUUUAUAA